AUGUCGAAGGAACAAGUCUCGAGCGAGUAUCUGCAAGAGGAUAUUUCGGGACAACUAGUGGCCGCUGCGUCGGUCAUCUUGGUCAUCACCACCAUUCUGCUGGCUCUUCGCCUCUAUGUGCGCAGUCUCCCCAAUGUGAAGUCGGGGCUGGAGGACUUUCUUCUUCUGCCGGCAUACAUUCUCUCGAUGGGAGCCUCGACUAUUGGCCUUCUCGCAGUCACUAAACGCGGCGCCGGUCGCCAUAUCGAAGCCGUCAUGCUCGAAGACCCCAAGUCUGUCGACUUGCGAUCGGCACUCCUCUUCUCCCUCAGUUGGUUGACCAUCUACUCGAACUGCUUCUCCCGAGUCUCCAUCCUCGUUCUUCUCUUCAAGAUCUUCACCCCCGGUGUCACUCGAACCUGCACCCUUCUUCUUACAAUUUACAUGGUCCUCUUCGCCAUCUCGCAAUCAAUCGCUGUAGUCUUGGAAUGCCGACCGAUCGCCAAACUCUGGCAUCCCAAGCUAGAAGGCUCCUGCAUCAAUAUGUUCCUCUUCUUCAAGAUGAACGGCAUCCUGACCAUUGUCGGGGACGUGGCCAUCAUGGUCCUUCCCGCGCAUAUGGUGUGGAAUCUGCAUGCGUCGAUGGCCAGACGGAUCGGAAUUGCGCUUGUCUUUCUGUCGGGAAGGGGCGACGUGAAGCUUAUAAGCUGGAUCAUUGUUGAAAGCGGCAUGUACAUGUCUGCCGCGUGCAUGAUUCGACUGCGUCCGCUGCCACGCAAACUUCGGGAGUGGUUCGGGCAGUUCAGGGCAGCGCAUAGCAGCAGCGGGUCCGGGAAGAGAUCGAAAAACGCUCUGGAAGUAGGGAAAGGGCAUGAAUUGAAGCACUACGUAAAGCAGGGGCAUAUCCCACUUACGUCGAUUGAUCAAGACCUCAACCAGGCCCGAUUGAUAACCGAGCAGACCGCACAGGAGACUAGGUGA